CGAGCGAUGGCCAUCACGAAAUGGAUACCGGCCUUUGGCGCAGCCCCAAGUACGAGCACUACAACCUCUCCAGCGCAGCCGGAGGAGGCGAUCCCUGUGACCGCUGCUGCAGAUGCGAAGCAGUUUGGGUUAGAAAACUUUGGAAACACUUGGUGCGCACAUCUUUCUAUUUCGCCUCUACAACUCGACUACGCUCCCGGCUCGUGCUGCUCGCAGUGGAUUCGGGCAAGAUACCUGUGGUAGGCACAAAAUGCCUCAGUUCCUGGAGCUCUCUUCCAUGCACUUCCUCGUGCACUCAAAGGGGUUCACACGUACGAGGUGUCUGGCGAUAGCCCGGCAGUAACCGCAUGGCACGUCUGUCCAUCUGCGUCCUUGACCUCCUCGUUCCCUCUACGCCAAUUCCGUCCUUCAGGCUCUCUAUUUCUGCGGGCCCUUC